AUUAAAAAAAAAAAAAAAAAAAUUGUACCUAAAAAUAGCAAACUCCUCCCGACUCACAUGGAUUACCGUAUCCUUCAUCAAAAUCUCCUCCUUAUUAGCCAAUCUACAUCCUCCCUCAAUCCAACUUUUCUAACCAAAACUUCAAAGAGAAAAGGCAAACAACAAUUCACUGGUCAUAUCUUCAAUCCAAACCUAAAUGGCCGACGAUCCACAGGAAGUAGCCGAGCAUGAGCGAAUUUUUAAAAGAUUUGAUGCAAAUGGGGAUGGAAAAAUCUCAUCCUCGGAGCUAGGAGAAACUUUGAAGACGCUGGGUUCAGUCACUCCUGAAGAAAUUCAGCGCAUGAUGGCUGAAAUUGAUACCGAUGGUGAUGGUUUCAUUUCAUUUGAGGAAUUUACAGUUUUCGCAAGGGCCAAUAGGGGAUUAGUCAAGGACAUUGCCAAGAUAUUCUAAUUUUGUAUCCAAAAAAUGUCAUCUGGAUUUCAUUUAUAUUCAAUUUCAAUUCGAGUAGCCUGUCCAUUCUACGUGGCUAUAUCUGUUGUCGUAGUUAAACUGUAUUACAGUUUCACGUCAUCUUAUUCACAAUCUGUUUCAUGUGUUUCGCUU